AUGGAAAAUGUUGGACUUCCGAUCCAGCUUUCGCAGUGCGUCUACUCGGCCAACUCCAACAAAGGAUGCAACACAUCGAAGUUGCAGGUCGAGGAUGUUAAAUGGCAAGACAUCCGUGGCACAUCGCGCUUCAACAUUGCUGCGUCUAUGUACUGUUCGGAUGAGCGGCCUUGUCCCAAUAUCACAUUUGAAAAUGUGAACAUUACCAGCGUUAAUGCCUCGCUUGGUCUGCCUUACUACGGCACCGAUAUUCAGCACGAAAUCUUCCAAUGCACUAAUGUUCUUGGCCAGAAGAACUCCGGAAUUCCCUGCAACCAGGCCGCUCCGAGCAACUUCAGUCAGUGGAUCUUUAGUAAUGUCGACAGCAGUGGCUUGGCGAAGACUUUGACUUGA